CAGGCUCCUCCAUCACCACAUCCACCACCUCCUCUCCUCAUCCUGCACUCGACUCUCCUCGUCGUAGUAGUGUUCGAUCGUGUGUGUGCAAGUACAGCAAUGGGGUUUGGGCGGAAGGUUGGAGAGGGUGGGGUUAGCAGGUGGCUCCUCCUGCUCGCCGGGGUGCUGCUGGCGGUGGCUGUCACGGUGACGGCCGGUGACGCUGCGGAGGAGGGAGCCACCGCUGGCGACUACAGCCUCCACGGUAGCCAAGCUAUGUGCGAGCUCAAGUGCCAGCAUCAUCAUGAUCCAGUGAACAAGAAGCGGUGCGUUGACUUCUGCAUACGGUGGCAGCUAGCGCUACCAUUUGAUGCUGCGGAGGAGGGAGCCACCGCGGGCGAGGACAGCCUCCACGGUAGCCGAGCUAUGUGCGAGCUCAAGUGCCAGCAUCAUCAUGAUCCAGUGAACAAGAAGCGGUGCGUCGACUUCUGCAUACGGUGGCAGCUAGCGCUACCGUUUGACGCGGUGGAGGAGGGAGCCACCGCGGGCAAAGACAGCCUCCACGGUAGCCGAGCUAUGUGCGAGCUCAAGUGCCAGCAUCAUCAUGAUCCAGUGAACAAGAAGCGGUGCGUCGACUUCUGCAUACGGUGGCAGCUAGCACUACUGUUUGACGUUAAGGAGGAGGAUGGAGCUAGCGCCACCGACACCAUCACCGCUGGUGAGGUCGGCGUCUGCGCCAACCGGCGUAUAUGCAAGAUCAAGUGCCAGCACCAUCACGACCAGGUGAACAGCAACCGGUGCACCGACUUCUGCAUAGGGUACCAAGUGGCACUAGAUGCCAUUAUGGAGAAUGGAGCCACCGCCACCGUCACCGCUGGUGAGGACACGUUACGCGGUAGCAGGCGUACGUGCGAGCUCAAGUGUCAGCACCACCAUAACCCGGUGAACAAGAAGAGGUGCGUCGACUUCUGCAUUCGGUACCAGCUGGCACUGCAUGAUAUCAAUGAUGGAACCACCGCCGCCGCUGCCGGCGGAGCCAUCCGCCAGGUGGUGUGACGCCGGCGCGUGCAUGGACGGCAUGAAUAAGGGCCUAAGUACGUGUCGCUGGAUAUUUACAGACUGCUCGUGUGCGUUUGUCUUUUACGUUGAUGUGUGUGUGAUGUGUGAGAGGCCCUGACCGAAGCUUACAUAUUCGGUUUCACUAGUACUUGUUGUCUCUGGUUCUACUGCGUUUUUACGAGCCUUUGCAAGUGAGUUGCCAGUUGUGAUGAAUAAAAUGGCAGGCUUUUUCGUUCA